AUGAUAUUAUUAAAUAUUGGCCAAAAUGUUAAAUCUAAUUUUAAUGAUAUAUUUCAACGAAUAAUUUUCGAAUUAGAAUUCUUAAAAUAUCGUUUUGCUGCACAAGGAAGCACCAGAGGCAAUCAUGAAAAAAGAAUAAAUGAAGUUGAAGCUGAUAUUAAACUACCAAAAGGAAGACUGAUGGCUUUUAAUGCCGUCAAAUUAUUUCGAUAUUACUAUAUCGAUGACAUACUUAAAGGUUCUCCAUUCUCAACGUGGAAGUCGUUUACCGAUGAAUGGGCUAAGCGAGAAAGUGCUGUCUUGCAUAAUAUGACGGCUACCCAGGUCGACUAA